AUGCUUUUGCCAACAUUAUUAUUUUUAUUUGUGAGCUUAUCACAAAGUAGUGCUACGUUAUUUGAAAGUGAUUCCUGUUAUUCUUUUGGAAGCGGCAAUGUUUUUCCUGGCGGCGCCAGAAAAAUUGAGCAUAAACUGCAAUUCACUAAGGCAAUGAUCUCAAAACCUGCCCCGGAGUGGGAGGCUACCGCUGUCGUUAAUGGCGAGAUAACGCAACUUUCACUAUCAAGUUUUAAAGGAAAAUAUUUAGUCUUCUUCUUUUAUCCUUUAGACUUCACCUUUGUUUGUCCUACUGAAAUUUUGGCCUUCUCUGAAAGAAUUGAAGAGUUUAGAAAACUCAACACUGAGGUAGUAGCAUGUUCUGUAGACUCGCACUUCACUCACCUGGCCUGGAUUAAUACUCCUCGGAAAGAAGGAGGUUUAGGAAAAAUCAAUAUACCAUUAUUAAGUGAUCUCACACAUUCCAUUGCCAAAGACUAUGGUGUAUACUUAGAAGAUUUGGGUCACACUUUAAGAGGUUUAUUCAUAAUUGAUGAUAAGGGAAUUCUCAGACAAAUUACAAUGAAUGAUCUGCCAGUUGGUAGAUCUGUGGAUGAAACGCUAAGGCUUGUUCAAGCAUUCCAAUACACUGACAAACAUGGCGAGGUUUGUCCGGCGGGAUGGAAACCAGGACAAGACACAAUUAUUCCCAAUCCUGAUGAAAAGAAAAAAUAUUUUGAAAAAAUGUCAGACCUAUAA